ACAGACCGGGAGGGACGCACGCACGCACGCACGCGGGCUCUCUGACUGACUGCUUUCUGUUUUCUGUUCUGGAGCUGAACGUGUUUUUGUUUCAAGAUGAAAAAAAGUGACGCUGCGAAGCCGCGCACGCGAGUUAACGGACGAACCGACACCUGAGAUCUGAGGCAAGCAGCGCCUUCUUCCAGGCUGACCUGGAUCCUAGAGACCUGAUCCAUGUCUGAGCUGCAGGUCUGAACAUUGGCGUUCUCCAAUGACCUGCCAGUCCUCAGAGUCCUCUGAAACUGCUGAGAGUGCCAGACAAUCAGACAGCCGGUCCGGGACUGUGGAGUCGGACAAGUGGUGCAUCGCCUCCGCCAUGAGAGAACUGAAGAACACAGGUUGGUACUGGGGCAGUCUGACAGCUAACGAAGCCAAAGAGAUCCUGCAGGACGCUCCGGAGGGAACCUUCCUCUUACGGAACAGCUCGCAGCGGGAUUACCUGUUCACCAUCUCCACCAUGACCUCUGCAGGACCCACCAACCUCCGCAUCGAAUACAAAGACGGAAAGUUCAAGCUGGACUCGGUGGUGCUGAUCAAGCCCAAACUGAAGCAGUUUGACAGCGUGGUUCACCUGGUGGAGCACUACGUUCAGCUGUCUCGGACCAAUGACAAAGCGACAUCUACCUCACAAGCCUCAGCGAUGCCCAGUGGGACGGUCCAACUGCGACUAACCAAACCGGUCUACAUUGCAACACCUUCACUGCAGCACCUGUGUCGUAUCGCCAUCAACAGGACAACCAGGCAGGUGCAGGACCUCCCACUGCCCAACAGACUGAAGGACUACCUGGAGGACUACACCUACAAUGUGUAGCCCCAUGCUGGUUUCUGGGACCCUGAAGCCAGAAUCUCAGGUUGGCAGCCUGCCUCGGUCAGAAAGCCAGUCUGGAUUCUGUGGCUGACUGGACUUCCUGAUCACAGAAGGUUUAAACUGUUUGCAGAACAUCAGAUGCUUUUGCAGGAACUUGACUUUUUGUAAAUCAGAGAACGCUUCAAAGACCUUGAAUUCACAAAAUCUCAUCACAAGGAAGUUUGAAUGAAAUCUGCAGUUUUAUUUAUGGGCGAGGUCGCCGUAAACACAUCAGCGGCACAACUGUCUCAGACCUUUAUUCGCUUCACGUGCAUCAGCGCCACUCGCCACUAUUGCUCAUAGCAGGUUAUUUUAAGUUCAAAUUUUAUUAUUAAUUUUAAUUAAUAUUAAAGAAAAAAACAUGAACUUGCCAGGACUCAAAAUAAAUACUUUUGGUUUUUGAAAUCAACUUAUGUUUCUCCGAAUAAACUUCAAUUUUAUUUUAUUUUUUAUUUUUUUAAGACCGGGGUGGGCGGGGCUUGUGACAUGGCUGCUGGUCAUUCGAGGUAAACAGGAAGCUAUUUAUCUGACAGCUGUUCUUGUCUGUAAUUUUGUUUUUUAUUUUUCUUUUUGUACAGAGACAGCUGAGUCAAAAUGUAAAUAAUGAGGACAAUGUGACAUAAUAUUUAUUAAAAGUGGUUUUAUGGUACAUUAUUCUUCGGGAGCACAGACCAGAUGUUCUUACAGAUGUGUGACUGUUUAAAUUAGUUCCACUUAUGACAGAAAUAAAGUGUUUUUAUGGCGCUU